AUGGUUGAGGACAAGCCGAUUUCUGAGGAUACGGAAAUAAUUGAUAGCACUAAAAUCGGCUAUUGUAAAUACGGCAGUGGGCCCAACUCUGUGCUUUGCAUCUGUGGAGCUGUCGGAAGUUACAAAAAAGAUUGGCCAAGCUCGUUAUUGAAACACUUCGAUCCUGAUUUGGUAACACUCGUAUGCAUUGAUCCUCCCGGCUACGGUACUUCACGUCCUCCUGACCGUGUACAGGAAGUGAACCGAUGCAUGAAGGAUGCUGGCUAUUGUCUGAAACUUAUGGAGGCGAGCUUUUGCAUCCGCUCACCGUGGUUAUUUUCUUUAACAGAAAGAUUGGAAAUUAUUUUCAAAAAGCUUGAGCUUAUCCCGUUUACCGUGAUGGGCUGGUCCGAAGGCGCUCGAACAGCCAUACAUGUUGCAGGUCAGGGGAAAAAAGAAAAGGUAACACUCAAACAUAUCCAGCAUAUUUCCAGCCAUCUAUCAAGCAAGAACUUUCUCUGACA